AUGGCUCAUAUGGUUUAUGGUGAAACUCCAUCUUUUGGAGCUUCCCACCAUGGACAGGCUCAGCAAACUAUUCCGUUUCCGACCACCGGAACUUCCUUAAGGAUUCUGCUCUUACAUGGCAACUUGGAAAUAUGGGUCAACGAGGCCAAAAACCUUCCUAACAUGGACAUUUUUCACAAGAAAACGGGAGAUAUGGUUUCCAAGUUGUCCCGAAGACUUGGCGGCAAAGUCGAAGGCAUCAUGUCCAAAACUGGAACCAGUGAUCCCUACGUUACGGUGUCUGUGGCGGGUGCUGUGAUUGCCAGAACUUUUGUCAUCAGGAACACGGAGAACCCCGUUUGGACGCAGCGUUUCAACGUCCCCGUCGCACACCUUGCUUCUGAAGUCCACUUCGUCGUAAAGGACAGUGAUAUCGUGGGUUCUCAGAUAAUUGGAGCGGUGGGAAUUCCAGUGGAACAGUUAUGUAGUGGCACAAGAGUUGAUGGCUUUUUCCCUCUCGUUAGUACUAACGGAAAACCAUGUAAGAGUGGAGAAAAGUUGAGUUUAUCCAUUCAAUACACCCCUGUUGAAAAGGUGCCUCUAUAUAUCCAUGGAGUAGGUGCUGGUCCUGAAUAUCAAGGGGUCCCUAACACAUACUUUCCCCUUAGAAAAGGUGGAAAAGUUACACUUUAUCAAGAUGCUCAUGUUCAUGAAGGCUCCCUUCCCAGUUUGAAGGUGGAUGGGGAUGUGAAUUAUAAGCAUGAAAGUUGUUGGCACGACAUCUUUGAUGCAAUAAAACAGGCUCGUCGGUUGGUUUACAUUGUUGGGUGGUCGGUGUACUAUAAUGUUAGUCUCAUUCGGGACAUGGGUGAUGGAAAGGCUUACACUUUAGGUGACCUUCUCAAAGCUAAAUCACAGGAAGGUGUCAGAGUGCUGCUCCUUGUAUGGGAUGAUCCAUCUUCUGGAAGCUUGCUUGGAUAUAAAACGGUUGGACUUAUGAAGACUCAUGAUGAGGACACUCGCCAGUUUUUCAAGCACUCUUCAGUACAGGUUCUUCUUUGCCCACGAGCUGGUGGCAAGGGACACAGCUUUCUCAAAACGCAGGAAGCUGGAACAAUCUAUACCCAUCAUCAGAAAACAGUCAUUGUAGAUGCUGAUGCUGGUCACAAUAAAAGAAAGAUAAAAGCUUUCAUCGGAGGUCUUGAUUUAUGUGUGGGUCGAUAUGAUACCCCAGACCAUUCUCUCUUUAGAACUUUGCAGACAACACACAAAGAUGACUAUUAUAACGCUAACUUUGAGGGUCCUGUCACUGAUUGUCCAAGACAACCAUGGCAUGAUUUGCAUUCCCAAGUUGAUGGACCAGCAGCAUAUGACAUCCUCACCAAUUUCCAGGAGCGUUGGUUGAGGGCUAUAAAAAUGAAUAGAUUGCGAAGGAUGAAAAGCUCGCAUGAUGAUUCACUGCUUAAAAUUGAUAGAAUCGAUGACAUUGUUGGCAUUGAUAAUGUUCCUGGCCUUAAUGAAGAUAACCAGGAGACUUGGCAUACCCAGAUCUUCCGAUCAAUUGAUUCCAAUUCUGUGAAAGGAUUUCCAAAGCAACCAGAAGAUGCUAUAAGAAGGAACUUGGUUUGUGGGAAGAAUGUGCUGAUAGACAUGAGCAUACAUUCUGCUUAUGUCAAGGCAAUUCGAUCAGCCCAAAAGUUCAUCUAUAUUGAGAACCAAUACUUUCUUGGUUCAUCAUAUAACUGGGAUUCUUACAAGGACCUUGGUGCAAACAACUUAAUUCCAAUGGAAAUUGCAUUAAAAAUAGCGAGCAAAAUCAAACAGCAUGAGAGAUUCUCUGUGUAUAUUGUCAUUCCUAUGUGGCCUGAAGGAGUACCCAAAAGUAAAGCUACUCAGAGGAUUCUCUUUUGGCAGUUCAAAACAAUGCAAAUGAUGUAUGAAACGGUUUACAAGGCCUUACAGGAGGCUGGGCUUGAGAAUCAGUAUGAGCCACAGGACUACUUGAAUUUCUUUUGCCUUGGUAAUCGUGAGAUCCCUGACAAUAAUGUCUCAAAUGUUACAAAAACUACCGGAGAAAACAUACCACAGGCACUGACUAAAAAGAACCGAAGAUUCAUGAUUUAUGUUCAUUCAAAGGGGAUGAUAGUGGAUGAUGAAUAUGUGCUACUGGGGUCUGCAAACAUCAACCAGAGAUCCAUGGAAGGCACCAGAGAUACAGAGAUAGCAAUGGGAGCAUAUCAGCCUAAUCACACUUGGGCAAAGAAGCAUUCUAAACCUCGCGGACAGGUGCAUGGUUAUAGAAUGUCACUGUGGAGCGAACAUGUAGGAAGUGUGGAAGAAUGUUUUGAGGAGCCAGAGAGCAUUGAGUGUGUGAGACAUAUAAGGUCAUUGAGUGAACGUAACUGGAGACAGUAUGCAGCAGAUGAAGUAACUGAAAUGAAAAGCCAUUUAUUAAAAUAUCCGCUUGAAGUUGAUUCAAAGGGCAAUGUGAAGCCUCUUUCUGGCUGUGAGACAUUCCCAGAUGUUGGUGGGAACAUUAGUGGCACUUUCACAGUACUCAGAGAAAAUCUCACCAUCUGA